GGCGACAAAAAAAAAAGGGAAUGAAGAUUUCAAUUUUCUUUUUUUUCCUUUUUUUUUUAACCCACCGCUCCCCUUCAGCAGACCAGCGUUUCCAGCUGAAACAAAUAUUCUCCUAAACCAGCAUCAUCACGCUGUGGAAUAGUCUGGCGCCACCACAGCACCGCUGGAACCAUGCCUCUUCUGCAGAUUCGGACUGGGAAAUGUCAUCCGCCGAUUUGAUCAUCAAGGGGCUGCCGCUCGGUCAUUCAUGCCAGUGUUUGCUUUUUUAAAGGGAGGAAUACUUGUCGUCACUUUCAAAAGUAUUGUGUAUGCUGUUUUUUGAGCAAGAUGUCGGAUCUUCUGGUGUUGGUCGAGGGGCUCUGUGACCUGCACGGAUUUCCAUAGCCGGGAAAAACACAGCGGGGGGCCAAUUCCACGAUUUACAAAAAUAAAACAAGCCAAAAACAAUAACCCAAGAAGCCUAUUACAAGAACACAUCGCAUUUGUAGAUGUAGGGUAGUUUAUUCGACAUCUUCAAAAGACAAUCUCAUUUUUUUUAAUUGCCUAUUGUUACUUUGUGAAUUUUCUGGACGACCACUGGACUGGUUGGAUUAUAGAAACACAUAUAUAUUUAAGGAUUUGUUGAGAUGUUGGGACGUCAAGAAGAUAAAUUAUGUGGAAUUUUCUCUGCUCUGGCGGCUUUGUCCUUCUUCUUCUGCUUUGUUCAAAGCUCUUCCACUGGAAGCACCGGAAUGUCUGUGGCCAAGACCACCGUGGACAAGUUGCUGAAGGGAUAUGACAUCCGUUUGAGGCCAGAUUUUGGAGGUCCUCCUGUCGUCGUGGGAAUGAGCAUCAACAUAGCGAGCAUCGACUCCAUCUCAGAAGUUAAUAUGGACUACACCAUCACAAUGUAUUUCCAGCAGAGCUGGCGGGACAAGCGCUUGGCCUACAAUGAGCUGAAGUUAAACCUGACUCUGGACAACCGUGUAGCAGACCAGCUUUGGCUCCCUGACACCUACUUCCUUAAUGACAAGAAGUCCUUUCUACACGGUGUGACGGUAAAGAACCGUAUGAUUCGACUGCACCCAGAUGGCACUGUGUUAUACGGACUGAGAAUAACCACCACUGCUGCUUGCAUGAUGGACUUGAGGAGGUACCCUCUAGAUGAGCAGAACUGCACUCUGGAGAUUGAAAGCUAUGGAUAUACCACGGAUGACAUCGUGUUUUUCUGGCAAGGAGAAGACAGAGCAGUGACCGGCGUCGACAAGCUGGAGUUACCUCAGUUUUCCAUUGUAGACGUCCGUUUAGUGUCCAGGGAGGUGAAGUUCGCCACAGGUUCAUAUCCAAGGCUUUCGCUGAGUUUCAGGAUUAAGAGGAACAUUGGAUAUUUCAUCCUGCAGACAUACAUGCCCUCCAUCUUGAUCACCAUCCUCUCCUGGGUCUCCUUUUGGAUCAAUUAUGAUGCCUCUGCAGCUCGUGUGGCCCUGGGUGUGACAACGGUGCUUACCAUGACUACAAUUAACACCCACCUUAGGGAGACUCUCCCAAAGAUUCCGUAUGUGAAAGCCAUCGACGUCUACCUCAUGGGCUGUUUUGUGUUUGUGUUCCUGGCCCUGCUCGAAUAUGCCUUUGUAAAUUACGUGUUCUUUGGCCGGGGCCCUGCGCAACAGAAGAAAAUCAAUGAGAGGCUGAACAAAACCAACAACGAGCGCACAAGAUACGAAGAGAAGCGCCUGAGGGAACAGGACUCCAUUUCCGCGCCGUAUCAAACCAACACCUUCAGGUCAUUUACACAGCGAAGAAAUCUGUAUCUCGAGGAACAAAGAAAAGUUGGGGUGGAUGCUUAUGGAAACAUCCUCCUCACCACACUGGAGAUGAACAACGAAGUGAUGCCUUCUGAUGUGGGAAGCAGCGUCAGUGACUCUCGGAAUUCCGUCAUGUCCUUCGACAGCUCCGGGGUCCAAUUCAGGAAGCCCAUGGCUCCCCGCGAUGGCUUCAGCCACCACUCGCUGGACCGCAGCGCCAUGCGGAGCCGGGCCAACUGUCGGCUACGACGACGCUCCUCCAAGCUCAAGUUGAAAAUCCCAAACCUGUCAGAUGUUAGCACCAUUGACAAGUGGUCCAGGGUCAUUUUCCCUAUCACCUUUGGAUUUUUCAACCUAAUCUACUGGUUGUACUAUGUGAAUUGAUGUGCAUCCCACUAGGAAUCAUGGGCCAUAUUUUGAGAGCACAUUAAUUUGGCUUUGAUACAGUUCCAAAAUAUGUAUAAACAUAUACAAGUUGAACAUAUGUAUAUGCAUAUUUAUAUAUAUUAUAUUUAUAUAUACACCUGUCAAAUCUGAAGGACCUUUCUGCUGUACAAAGUAUUAAUAGGAUGACUUGAAUGUUUAAGAAGAAUUGUGGGAGAAGACUUUCAAUGCUUUUGAGUUUUUUUUUCCUCCUGAAAGAAACAAAGAAACAAACAACAAACAAACACAAAAUCCCACCUGGGGGUUUCGGAACUAAAGACUGCAUGAUAUUUUUGCUAAAAGUGGAAGUUGAAGCUCCUGAGAGAGAAAAAAAAAAUAUGUCUCAGAGUCCCAUUGACUUUUUAGUGAUACUUAUUGUGAUCAAAAAAUUCCUCUACUGCAGCUCAUGAGAAAUCAGCGGUGGCUCGUCUGUUCAGGCAUCAGCUGAGGGAGACCCUUGACACCCGCAGCCGCCCUCACCAAAACCCCGUCCCCCGACCCACGACCCCCACCCAUCGCCCUUGGACAACAUGCACGGAGAACAUCCGGUUCUACUACUGUACAGCAACCUUGUUUGGAUUAUGUGUCGUACCUUGGGUUUUUUGCAGUGGUAUCGUUCUCUUUAUCAGACACCAGCGCGCUGGCCUGAUGGGCUCCACUAGAGGCUCGCGUGGAUGGGAUGUUUGAACCGCAGCAUUCCCGCCCAGUGUCAACGCAAACUUGUGUUCCUUUCUCUUCUCACGUUAUUUUUAGAAAACAUGUCCUUGGUGGUGGGGGGAGGGGGUAGGGGGGGAUGAGGGUAUUUUUCAUUAUGGUUAAAAACAAGUGCUGAUUAUUGUAGAUAUGAUUUUGUCUUGAAAAAUACUGUGAUUUCAGAGAGUAUGGGAACGUGUUCUAGAGCUAGGGGCAUUAUGAGAUAAAAGAGUCAGAAGUAUGCAUUUCUCAUUUUGAUUGUGUGAAAAAAAACAUACUCUAUACAUUUUAUCAUUGAAUAUUUUCAUGAAAGUAUACUUGUAAUGUUUAUUUCCUCCUAUUGAUGGAUUCUCACGCUCUUUAGACGCAGCGUUCAUUGACGUCAUAUUCCGCUUUGUGUUUGCUGAACGGAAACGGGAGGAGUGCUUCUGUGACUUGUUUGAGAUUAUUCCACAGCAAAAUUGUGAGGUCAUGUAUUUAUAUUCAAAAGAGUCAACAUAUCAGCCCGCGGUUUGACCAGUUGUCAUUCAGUAUUCAGUAUUUAUUUGUAUGUUAGUUGAGCAUUUGUGGUGGAGUCGCAGUUUGUAAAGGCAAGAUUAUUUGAUUGUGAUGUUAAUGGGCAGCCCGGGCGGAAGGAUACAACAUUUCACAACUUUAACUCGAUCACUGCCAUCACGCUUAACCCAGACGAUCAGAAACAUACGCAUAAUCGGGAAUGAUGCACGAUUCUUGGCAGAAAAUCUGGCCUUUAAACCAUCUGCAUUACUGUUUGGUUUUGCUUUCAAACACAGAAAUUUACACAACAUCUCCAAUGCUCAAGUUGGAAGGAGAGGGGGAAGAGGGAGUAUUAUAGGAUAUUGAAUUUUUGGGGGGACAUUAGACGGAUGUAUGUUUUUUGGUUGGAAUGAAAGUUAAUGAACUCGGGAAGAAUUCAGACCAUUAGACAACUGAGGCAGAUGGACGGUAGACAUUAAAAGGGGAGGAAACACAUUUGAACAAAUCCUCCCGUGCCUGUUUAGCUUCAGCUGUAGUGGAGAUCAGCGUCUUGUGUCAUUUUCACUUCCGGCACAAACAGACUCUGCUGGGAGCAGCAGGCUCUAAACAACCAAAUCUACCAUUGGGUCUCACAGUGAUUCAUUAGAAUACACAGAGCAGAGUGGGCUCUUGGAAACACAAAGAGAAAAGAGAGGGGCUCCUGAGUAAUCCAUAUGUCACCAAAAAAAAUUAGUUUAGUACUUAUUUUUGUUUAAAUUCAUUGCAUAGCCAUAAUAGUGUUGAAGCUAAAGCAAGAGAAAAGAAUCCCCUUAAAAAAAGGUUAUCCAUAGAAAUAUAAUAACAUUAUAGUCAAAUUAAAUGAGAGUAACAGAAGGACAUACUGAAGUGAGUGUUAUGUUUUUGUCUGCAGCUGAACAAUCUGUCAUUUGUCUCUCAGUCAACUGUGAGGUCCAAAGGAUUUCAUGACCAAAACAUAGUGAAAAGUCUUGAAUGUGAAAAAAGACUAUUUGUUGUUUUUUAUGACCAAGCUGAAAAUAUGUCCACGAGUGCCACAACGAACAAAAAAGUAGCUUCUAUUCUAUUAUAUUGAGAUGGUGGCGGGUAAGAGUAGCGGCUGAAAUGGUGGCCUUUGUGCACAAAUUCAGAGUUCUUCAAAAUGUUGGGAGUCAAGAUUGAAAUGCAACAAAUCUUGAACACGGUAGCAUCAUUUGUUAAAGCGCGUGUGUCACGCUAGUAGCCCCGUAUGUAGCCUUGAGGCGCUAGGCUCAUGCACAGCUGAGAAGUGGUCUGUUAAACUCACUUUUUUCAAACUCUACACGCGGACUCAAGUGACAUCACUUGUUUAGCAGACUUCACACAGCUCUUUCUGAAGCCACAAAAGGCCUCAUACUGCUUUCUUUCCUCCACAUAUGCAGUAGUUUUCCCCAAAAUCUGUAAACAGAGCUUGGUGUGUGAAAGAUAGAGAUAUGCAAACUCAAUACAAGAUAUAAUUCUCUUCGGGCAAAUUGGGUUUUGUAAUGUGCAAAAGAGCAGAUCUUUAUUGCGUUCCCACGGUUUAUGUUACACUACCGUUUGGAAUCUGAAAUUCUAAAUCUCAGGCCCAGGUGGCAUUCAGCCUCUUUUGAGGUGGUGAUUGCCUGGGUGUACAUUCAAACUUUCAGGCAAUCUUGUUCUUUAAAAUAACAAACAAAGGAAGCCGCUAAUAGCUAGUGGAUAAUGAAUGCAAGUUCAUUCUAAUAACACCCUUUAACAAAUUUGUUUUCGUCCAGGACUGCACAGUAACAGCUUGACUAACUGUAAUGAGGCAAUGUGAUGGAUCUUUACAAAGAGCAGAGUCGGGGUGUGAAGCCAUGGGCCAUACAGUUUUGUUCCAGUGCACAAAAACCACAUAUUUAUAGAAAUACGGGGCUUAGAGGGAACCGUAAGUGUUAUUUAAAACAAAACAAUCGAACAUUGAAAGAAGCCAAUCCAUCAACUAUGUGCUUGCUCUUACAUUUUGUAACGCAAACUAACACGUAGAGUAUAAAAAUCUCAUUCAGGUUGGUUUAUCCCCAGAAAUGAAUAUACAAUUUGUUUUUCUUAAUAUAGCUGAUGCAUAUCUUUAGUGCACUCCAUACCCACAUAGUGGAGAAACUACACAGCCCUUUGCAUGCAUGCAAAAUAUACUCACCACUCAUUUCACCGAACACGAAAUCAGCACAUUCACCCUAAAAGCUGUGAGGAUUUUCUGUCAUAUGCUUUUACGUUAGGAUACUAGCUUAUACAAGAGAGAAGAAGGAUUUCUUUUGACACAUAUGUUCAAGGAGCAAAGGAGGAGAAAAAAAAAGUGUUGAACUGAUUUCAAUGUGAAUUUUCUUGCCUCUAGUGUAUAUGUGUAAUUACAUGUGAAUUGUACUGUAAAUAUGAUAUCUUUCACUUAAUAGUUCUUAAUGCAUGAACAAAAACAUGGCAGUUCGUAAUACCAGCUAGCCUCACUGCUAAUGGCAUGGACAGCUUCUCUAGCAUUGGCAUACUUCUGCAAACAAAACCUAAAAAAUGAAACACAAGAAAUACAUGGUGUCAACAAAAUAAUGGAGAAAUCAAUGCAAAGUCCUCUCACAGGGAAGGAGUUUCUGGCGGCUCUGAGCUUAUAUUGGCCCACCUAGUCCCUCAAGAACAAGGCUAACGCUAAUGCUGCUGGAAACUACUGGAAAUUACAGUAAGCCUUGGUUCUCUGUCAGCAAAUCGGAUGGUGCCAUCUUGAAUGAAAUUCUCUCAUUGGGCUUUUCCCAUUUACAAAAUAGAAUCUAGGAUUUGUGGCAGAUUGCAGAGCGGUAUACCUGCAGCGUUUGCCUCAGCCGUUAACAAACAAUCAAUAACAAUAUUAAGGGCGUGAUCGGCUAGCUGGCUUAUAGAGGCUAGAGGAGCAGGAUAGCCUUAAGAAGGCGAGUGGUGUGCUCUGUCCUGUUCCUCAAUAAGACAGUCGUAUGUGCCCAUGAGCAAGGCACUUAGUCAAUUGCCCCAGUGCAGCUGCUCAAUUGCUAAGAACAGAAGUUUGUUCCCGUGGAGGUAAAUUAUCUUUACCUACAGUAUGUGAGGCAAUCCAUGGGACGUUGUCCCCCAGAUUAAUGCAACUAGUUAAAAAUGUUCCACAAAUGCCCCUUGGUUUCUGUUGAAGUAGCCAGAUAAUGUUGUGUGAUAAAACUUCUCAUCAGUUUUACAAGCCGGGAUCAAAAAUGGUAAAAAGUAAUGAAUUACGUCUUUUUUUGUUGACCCGUCUUCAUGUUAGGCCUUUUCAUCUGGGAUUACACCACUCCCCAAUAAAAAAUGUGCAUGAGGAGUUAUGAAUACCACUGAGGCUAAAUGAGUGGACCACAAACAUACAAGAAAAUUUCAUCCACCAAGCACCAGAACGUGGCUGACAGACUCCUCCAUGUUGGAAGAGCUUUUGCUGGUGCAUUCAUUAUUUUGUAUGUACUGUACCUUGUAGGUUUUGUUUUGCAUGACCUGAGUUUUGAAAGGUUUAUUUUAAUAUAUUUCUACUCCACGCCAUCCGAUUCAUCUUCACAGCCAGGAAAAGAAAGAUCCAGUGUUUACAUGCUCAAAUUGCACUUGUUUUACAGCCAGCUUUUCAAAUCUUGUGAUCAAACUGUUUGUAAGACUGGAAGAAAAAUGUAAACGUGUAGAAUUUACAUGGAGUGAUUCGUGUCAAUCAUGAAUAUGCAUCUCUAUACAGUGUAUUUACUGUAAAUCACACAAAUUGGAAUACAUGCACCAAGUGCAUGCUGUAGAUUUAUAAGGUUCAGCAUAAGCAUUAACAUCAAUUGCCCUUCAACUACAAAGGAUGUAAAGGAUGCUCAUCAGUAGCAUCUGAACGUAAGCCAUGUGAUUGCACACUGAGUGAGUGUUCCCUGUGUAUUCUCUUCAAUAAGUUGCCUCUAGUUAUGGUCUGUUGUUGAUUACUGUAUGAUGAUGCCAGCAAGAAGCUGUCCUGAUUCCCAGUGACACAUCAGUUUACCUCCCUCCUUGAAAAUAAUACAAGGGAGACUAACUCAUCUUUGACCAGUGAGUAAGAAAGAUUUUCCAACACUUUAUAAAAAAAUGGCAAUGAGAAGAAAGAAACCCACAAGACCAACAGUCCGUUUUUUUUCAAAAUGAAUUGGUAAAUGAUUGGGUUCAUUUUUUGUGUUCACUUCUGAUUUAUUGUAUUUGUUGCAUUUGUUAUGGAUUGUUAUACUUACUGUUGUUGUUUUAUCAUAAGAAGGAAAUUCAUUUUUAUCUGGCACUGGAAGAAAAAUGCAUUUGGUUUUUGUACUGUAAUAGUUUUGUUCACAUUGGGCGCUUAUUUGAUUCAGUUGUUUAAUAAGGUGUAUGAUUUCAUUUGGAGUAUCAGUACUCAUGGAAUCAACAUUUGUGUAGUAUGAAGUUGUAUUUUUUUGUCAGUGCAAAUUAAUGUUAUAGUGUCAAUCAGCUUUUCUAGGUGUUUGAACAAAAUGUGUUUUUUACAAAUACAAAGUGUUCAAGUAUGUGGUAUAAAAAGGGUUAUCAUUCAAACAACAGACUUUUUACAAAUAAAGGCUUAUACAGUAAAGGAAAAUUAAUGUCUUUUCAUUUGCCCUUUGAGGACUAAUAUACUACACUGUUUCAUUUGAUGGCUUAUUCAUUUAUUUUCAGAUAUUAGUCCACAAAAGGUAAAUAGGAUACAAUGUUGCAAAUUAAGAAGACUAAAUCAGGUAUUUGCCGUUGCCAUGCCAGGUUGUUGUCAGAGCGUUUACCUCUUAGUUGGUGUCUUGCUUUUGAUAGGAGCUUUGGACACAAAUACAGUCCAAACACAAAAAUUUAAUAAAAAAUCAACAUUAUCUUAUCCUUUAAUUUGAUUAAACAUUGCGCUUUAAUGAGAAUAUACCUCCUUUCAUACCCUAUUUCCUGAAUAAAGACACAAAGUGACA